AUGACAAUAUUAGGUUCACUUGUUUCAUUAAGUAUCAAAUCAAACAAAAAUUUAAAUUCAUCACAAUCAUCAUUAAACCAUUCAUUGGUAUUAGGUUCAAAUAGUAUACAAUGUGGUAGUGGCUGUGAUAAUAACGGGACUGUCCCACACUUGGUUGGUGGUGUUUUAAAUACCACAGGUGUUUUAGUUGGGUCUGUUGCUGGAACUGUGGGCAAUCUUGUUGAUGGUCUAAUUGGAAGCGGUGGAAACUUGGGAUGCUAUUAA